AUGUGUCACCAGCAGCUGGCCUUCUCCUGGUUUUCCCUGGUUUUGCUGGCAUCUCCUCUCCUGGCCCUAUGGGAACUGGAGAAAGAUGUCUACGUUGUAGAGUCGGACUGGUACCUGGAUGUCCCUGGAGAGACGGUGGUCCUCACUUGUGACACGGAGGAAGAAGAUGGCAUCAUCUGGAAGAGGUCAGAUGAGGUCGUGGGCACGGGCAAGAGCCUCACCGUCCAAGUCAAAGAGUUUCGAAGCACUGGACACUACACCUGCCACAAAGGAAGUGAGGUUUUGGGCCACUCCACGCUGCUGCUUCACAAAAAGGAGAAUGGAAUCUGGUCCACUGAUAUUUUAAAGGACCAGAAAGAACCCAAGAACAAGACUUUUCUAAAAUGCGAGGCGAGGAAUUAUUCCGGACGUUUCACUUGCUGGUGGCUGACAGACGUCACCACCAGCCUGAAGUUCACCCUCAAGAGCAGCAGAGGCCCCUCCGACCCUCGCCAAGUGACGUGUGGGGUGGCGACCCUCUCUGCAGAGAAGGGCAAAGUGAAGAAUAGAGAGUUCCCCAAGUACUGGGUGGACUGCCAGGAGGACAGUGCCUGCCCCACCGCCGAGGAGAGGCUGCCUGUGGAGCUGGUGCUGGAGGUGGUGCACAGAUUCAAGUACGAGAACUACACCGCCAGCUUCUUCAUCAGAGACAUCAUUAAACCUGAUCCACCCAAGAACCUGCAGCUGAAGCCACUGAAGGGCUCUCAGCAGGUGGAGGUCAGCUGGGAGUACCCCGAUUCCUGGAGCACCCCCCACUCCUACUUCUCCCUGAAAUUCUUAGUUCGGGUCCAGGACACGAAGAACGGAAAAGAGAAGACAAUCUCCACUGACAAAACCUCAGCUAGAGUCUCCUGCUCCAAGGAUGCCCAGGUCCAGGUGCAAGCCCAGGACCGCUACUACAGCUCAUCUUGGAGCGAGUGGGCCUCUGUAUCUUGCGCUUAG